UAGCGGGUAUCCAUGCCAGUUCCAGCGUGCAGCUGGGUUCCCCCUGUCAGCACGAUAUGGACUGCUCGGACAGCAUCCGCGGGAGCUACUGCUCCUUGGAGGGCUUCUGCGAGUGCUCUCCGUUUAACGUGCGACUCAACGAUACCAAGUGUUUGCCGUCCCAACUGCUCGAGAGCGAGUGCAUCCUAUCGGAGCAGUGUUCUAUGCGUGUGGCUAACAGUAGUUGCCUCGAGGGUCGCUGUCACUGCGAGGAAGGCUUUCUGCAGUUUCGAAAGCACACCUGUUUGGCACCUGCCCAGCCGGGAACGGUAUGCUACAGUCACGCGCACUGUCACAUGUGGGACACCGAGAGCCACUGCGACUUUCUAAUACCAAAUCUGUUCGGCCGGUGUCAAUGCACGUCCCCGGCUCGCCAAGUGGGUCCAACCUGUGUGGUGAAAUCUUCAUCCGUUGUUUCCGUUGUGGCAGACGUUACCGAACGGUUACCCAUAGUAAGCACAACUCUUCUGCAAAAACCGGAAGAAAUUGUGGAGUUUAUCUUGACGACCCCAAAGGAUUAUUCGGUUGUAGUGGAGGAAUCUGUCACCAAGGGACAGCCGACAGGCGAUGAAGAACAACAACAACAGGUGAUGGAACAGGCCGAAGAAGUUGUUCAAGUAGAGCAAACUAGCGAGGAGGGUGAGGAAAGUACGACGGCCAGUGGAAGCUACGACGAGUAUGCAACCAGCGAAGAAAGUGUGUCCUAUGAUGAUUCUAAGAGCACGUCCCAUAUGCAAAUGUAUGAAAAUACGGAGAAGUACACGACCUUAGAGCAGGAAGCAGAAGAAAACUAUCAGAACAAUGUUGAACAUGAAACAGACGAGACGACUUCCUAUCAGGAGUCAACUGAUUACGAUCAAUACUCUUCAGAGGCUUCGACUGCUGGACCAAGUGAGGAAAGCUACGAAUACGAAAGUGCUAGUCACGAUGGAGAAGACUCGGAAGGCUAUUACCAAACUCCUCAGAAUAAACACCAAUACCCCCAACAGGUGGAACUCCUAGAGAAACACAACCACAUCUCUGGAGAGGACCAUUCUAAUUUAAUCGAAGGAGAAGACGAAUCUACCCCUAAAGCCAGCCAAGAAUACUACGAAGCCUCAAACGAUAGUUCAGAAACGUACUCCACCAAACAGGAAGACACUACAGUUGAACAGACGACAAAGCUAGACGAAAGUACACCGGAAUCUCUCACAAAAAAACAGGACACCGAAAAUGAAGUUGACGCGACCAUUGUUGAACAAACAACUCCAACCAUGGUUCGAUUGGCAAGCCGAACGACCAUGAUGGAACCGGAAGCUCCCAUAUCGACAACGGUCGCCACGCUUCUGGCCGAAGCUGAACCAACAACCACAACUAGUACUACACCAGAACCAACGACGACUAGUACUACAACGACCACGACCGUUUCACCCAUCUCUAGUACAGAGGGCAGCAUCAGAGUAAAGCACCAAGGCAUCCGGACACGUGUUGAUCUGGGCGAUGGGCCAAUUUCGCUCGGUUUGGCGUGCAUCAACAACCGCCAGUGCCAGCUAGCCGAUCCGUACACCCACUGUAACGAACUGGGCAGGUGCGACUGUGCCCACUCUCAGCAACAGCAGCAGGGAGCGGAGGAUGUAUGCAACGCGGCCCGCACCGGGUGCUCGCCGGGAACGUUUCAGUGCCGCUCGAGUGGGAUUUGCAUCAGUUGGUUCUUCGUGUGCGAUGGGCGCCCAGAUUGCAGCGAUGCCUCGGACGAAGAGUGCAACUUCUCGCUGAAAUCCAACAUCACCAACUGCCCGGCCCUGUCGUUCCGUUGCGAAAAGAGUGGCCGAUGCAUUUCACGUGCCGGUAUUUGCGAUGGGAAAAUCCAGUGCCCUCAGGGAGAAGAUGAAGUCGGCUGUGAUUUCCGCAAGUCACGCAAAUGUCCGGAGCAUACGUUCAUGUGCCGAAGUGGCGAAUGCCUACCGGAGUACGAAUACUGCAAUGCGAUCGUUUCGUGCCGCGACGGAAGUGAUGAACCGCCGCAUCUAUGCGGAUCCCGAUCGGUGCCCAAUUUCUUCGUGAAGCUGCUGUCAGGUCCAAGCAGCCGUAGCAGGAACUACUGCCCGAUGCGAUGCGGAAACGGAAAUUGCCGCUCAACGGCCAUUGUGUGCUCCGGAAGAGACGGUUGCGGCGACGGAAGCGACGAGGAUAGCUGCUCGGUUUGUCGCUGUCCUGCACCAUCCAGCACGUACGAUGCAAUUGCGGCCCCUUCCAUGGCGGUAGCUGCUUCUUCCCACAUCACCAGCAGUAACAGCAGGUCCCGGCAACGAAACCGGACAGGUCGAAUUACCAGCAACUGGCACCAUCAGCAGCCACAGCAAUAGUAGAGC